AUGGAUGCCAAAGAAGCCUCUGCCACCGAUUUGAAACGACCGAGAGAAGAGGAGGCUGAUAACAACAACACCGCCGUCGCUUCCAUGGAGACGGAUAACUCAGCUCCGGCGGCUAACGGAGAGCAGACGACAAAGGAGCCGGCUUGUUUCUCCUCUGUGAUUCCCGGGUGGUUCUCUGAGAUGAGUCCCAUGUGGCCAGGAGAGGCACACUCUUUAAAGGUUGAGAAAGUUUUGUUUCAAGGCAAAUCAGAUUACCAGGAUGUUAUUGUUUUCCAGUCUGCGACAUAUGGGAAAGUUUUGGUUUUGGAUGGAGUUAUCCAACUUACAGAGAGAGAUGAAUGCGCUUAUCAGGAGAUGAUCACUCAUCUUCCUUUGUGCUCUAUCCCUAACCCAAAGAAGGUGUUGGUCAUUGGAGGAGGAGAUGGAGGUGUCCUCCGGGAAGUUGCACGCCAUGCCUCUGUUGAGCAGAUUGACAUGUGUGAGAUUGAUAAAAUGGUGGUUGAUGUCUCUAAGCAGUUUUUCCCUGAUGUAGCAAUUGGAUUCGAGGAUCCUCGUGUGAAUCUCGUCAUUGGCGAUGGUGUUGCUUACUUGAAGAAUGCUGCUGAAGGAUCAUAUGAUGCAGUCAUUGUUGACUCCUCAGAUCCUAUUGGUCCUGCAAAGGAGCUGUUUGAGAAACCUUUCUUCCAAUCUGUGGCUAGAGCUCUACGUCCUGGUGGAGUUGUGUGCACUCAGGCUGAAAGCUUGUGGCUUCACAUGGACAUCAUAGAAGACAUUGUUUCUAACUGUCGUGAGAUCUUCAAGGGCUCUGUGAACUACGCGUGGACCAGUGUUCCUACAUACCCAAGGCAUGUUGUUGGGGUUAUUGGAUUUAUGCUAUGUUCAACUGAAGGACCUGAGGUUGACUUCAAGCACCCUGUGAACCCCAUUGAUGACAGUUCCAGCAAAUCAGGUGGACCCUUGAAGUUCUACAACGCUGAGAUUCAUUCAGCUUCGUUCUGUUUGCCUUCUUUCGCCAAGAAGGUGAUUGAGUCAAAAGCCAAUUGA